AUGAUGCAGCGAUCAGCCAUGCCGGCCUCGUUCGCGCCCCACCACAUCUCCCGCGACCACGAUACAGACGACAGUGAAGCGGGAGACUUUGCCGUGUCCAGUGAGAACGAUACCGAGCACGAUGAGGAAGAGGAACUGCACGAGCUGCACGAAUCUACGAGUCUAGCAAGGCGAGCAACACAAGACCUUCAGGACGGUAUUGGAGGGCGCAAGAACUCGAUCAACGCUGGGACAAGAGAAAAUGCCCCCGAAGCCGUCGAGGAUGGGCCCGAGGAGAGUGAAGAAGUGUUAGGUCUGCUUCCACGUGAUAAGCAGAGGAGGACUACGCAUUACAAUUACCAUCUGGAGAAGCAAAUGUCGCAUGUGGAAGCCAAACAAUUCUACCAAAAUCAGCUGCAGAGUUCUUUGGUGAGUAUGACGGAUGAAGCAGGAGGUACGGCUGGGAAUAGUCCUGUGGUGGGCAUGAGUCCGGUGAUCAGGGCCAGGACGCAGUCGAGUCUUGCUGGUGGUGAUGCGGGGAGUAGUUCGGGCAGGAAUCCCGGUUUCAGGCUAGGUGCUAGAGGCUCGAAGGAAGGGUUGGCUGGGUACAGGAGUGCUUUGCCUGUCAACUUAAAUGACUCAGGCAAGCAACCAGCAAAGCCCGAACACAUCCGCGCGAACGGCCAAUCGAAUGAAAACCUCUAUUUUCAGGCCGACCAAGCAGCGCGAGCACAUUCUCACCACCCAGGAUUGCCACACGAAUCGAAACCGAUGCUUGAGAAGGAAGGGAUCCAUGGCGCUGGCGCUGGAAUAGGAGUCGGUGUGGCAGGAGACUCUAGUGUCGCUUCCGAGUUGAAUGCCAUCUACAGCAAUAUCCAGAAGAUUCUGGAUCUACGGCAUAAGUACAUUCGACUCUCACUCCAGGGACCGACUGAUAAUCCCAAGGAUGAUCCGAGUUGGCCGGUUUAUCCUUCUAUGCCGGAGCCUGUAUGGCAGGAGAAUAAGCCCCUUGACGGUGAGAGCGAGGAGACUACUACUGCUCCUGCUUCGCCGCUUUCUGCGAGGGCGAGGAGGCCACGUAAGAUGGGGCAGGAUAUCGGAGAGGACUUUGAGCUGGAGGAGUGUUUACCUCUACCUGAAGCGGCGGAGAUGUCUUACGAGCUAGACGAAAAUGGAGUCUACCAAGUUUACGAGACGUCAAAGUCGGCGGAGAUGGGCGAGCCGAUUCUGCAGAUACCAACGAUACGGGAGUUCUACAUGGAUCUGGACGCUAUACUUGGAAUCUCAUCCGAUGGUCCAAGCAAGUCGUUUGCGUUUCGGCGACUGCAGUAUCUGGAGGGCAAAUUUAACCUGUACGUUCUGUUGAAUGAGUAUCAGGAGAUUGCCGAUACGAAGGCUGUGCCGCAUCGAGACUUCUAUAAUGUGCGGAAGGUGGAUACGCAUGUUCAUCAUUCGGCCUGCAUGAAUCAAAAGCAUCUGCUCCGCUUCAUCAAGAGCAAGAUGAAGAAGAGUCCGGAUGAAGUGGUGCUGUUUAGGGAUAACAAGUACCUUACCCUACGAGAGGUGUUUGAGAGCAUCAACCUGACGGCGUAUGAUUUGAGCAUCGAUACCUUGGAUAUGCACGCCCAUACCGACUCCUUCCAUCGUUUCGACAAGUUCAACCUCAAGUACAAUCCUGUUGGCGAGAGCAGAUUAAGGACGAUCUUUCUGAAGACCGAUAACCAUAUUGAAGGCCGGUAUUUGGCUGAGAUCACGAAGGAAGUCAUUAGUGAUCUGGAAAGCAGCAAAUACCAAAUGGUUGAAUGGCGCAUCAGUAUCUACGGCCGCACACUGGACGAGUGGGACAAAUUGGCUGCCUGGGUGGUGGACAACAAACUCUUCUCCCCGAAUGUGCGAUGGUUGAUUCAGGUCCCGAGACUUUUCGACGUCUACAAAUCUUCCGGUCUGAUGGAGAAGUUCGAGGAGGUCGUCACGAAUCUCUUCCAGCCGCUGUUUGAGGCUACGGCGAGUCCGCAGAAGUACCCUAAACUGCACAUAUUCUUGCAGAGAGUCAUCGGCUUCGACUCCGUGGAUGAUGAGAGUAAGACGGAGAGGAGAAUCUACAGGAAGUUCCCGCUUCCUAGGAAUUGGGACACGCCUCAGAAUCCGCCGUAUAGUUAUUGGAUCUACUACCUUUUCGCCAACAUCGCCAGUCUGAAUGUUUGGCGUAAGCAGAGGGGGUUCAAUACUUUUGUGCUGAGGCCGCACUGUGGUGAGGCUGGGGAUACGGAUCAUCUUGCUGCGGCGGUGCUGUGUUGCCAUAGUAUCUCACAUGGUCUACUGCUGCGUAAGGUCCCGCUGCUGCAAUAUAUCUUCUACCUGGAACAGAUUGGGGUGGCAAUGAGUCCGCUUUCGAACAAUGCACUCUUCCUGGCGUAUGAACGGAAUCCCUUCCUUCAAUAUUUCCGGCGUGGCCUGAACGUCAGCCUGAGCACUGAUGAUCCUCUCCAAUUCGCUUUCACGAAAGAGCCGCUGAUUGAGGAAUAUGCUGUUGCAGCACAGAUUUACAAGCUUAGUGCGGUGGAUAUGUGCGAACUUGCAAAGCACUCGGUCUUACAGUCUGGCUUCGAACAUACGGUCAAACAGCGCUGGCUGGGGCAGAACUUCCACCUCCCAGGCGUGGCAGGCAACGACAUGGCUAAAGUGAAUGUGCCGAAUAUUCGCGAGGCAUUUCGGCAUGAGACGUGGUUGCAGGAGAUGGCGAUGAUUGAUCGUUAUACACGUCCCCAAGGCGCAGGACAGCAGCGCCUUAGUACGGUGACACUGCCAGCCGAGGCGCAAGGUGGUGGUGUGGGAAUGGUGGAUCGGACGACCGGGUUGAAUGUUACCAUGAUGGGCCUGCCGAGUCCGACGUUUAGUAUGAAAACACAUCCUAGUGCUACGAAUCCGCUUGCUGGGGAUGGUGGUGCACAAUUUGGCAGGGAUGGUGCGAACGGAAGUCAGUUUGUCGAUCCUGGAACUGCGGGACAGGCGAAUCAUCCUAGUUCGUCUCGGACGGCUGAUCAGGCGAUGGGCUCAGGUAGUAGGGGUAUGGGUGGCAUGACUUUCACCUCGCCUACUACUUAUGGUGGCCAACCACAUUUCCCGCCCCAGCCGCCAGAACCUGGAAAUGCACUCACACCUUCUGCUACUACUGCGACUUCGACGCCACUAUCGGCAGGCUCUUCCACGUUACAGUCUGGAUCUUUUGGCGGUCUGAGCAUGAACAACGUCGAGCCGAGGAUUUUCCCAGGCGUUGUCAGUGGACAGCGCAGGAGAUCAUCCAUCUUACGCGGCAUCCCAGGCUCGACUUCCAAUUUGAGUGCUGCUGGAAACGCACCCGGAGAAGAUGGGGAUGUGUUGAGCGGGAGUGUGGGAAGUCUAGGGUCUGUGGAUAGGAGGAUGGCGGCCUUCACGUUGGUGGGCGAAAGUGCGCCGGAUGUUAUUGCUGAAGCUGGUGUGGAGACUGAUGAGGAUGAUUGA